UAAAAAUGAAAUAGCCUAUCCGUUUGAGGUAGGGAGCAGAACGGCGUCCACGUGUUAGACGGACGCUGUGUGUGGGGGUGGAGAGAGGGAGAGCCACUUUUUCGCAGCAGUGGUUUCUUUCUGGAAGUCUUAGGCUAAACUUGUGAAAUGGGUAGGCAGAAAAGUGUUGGCGAGGUGGGCCUGCCCAAAGUGACACCCCAGUCUGCGUUGUCUGUGAAGAUCGCCCCAGAUCAAUCUCAGGCCCAAACUCAACCUAGGCAACGGCCAUCAAGGACCAAUGGGAGGAGGAAGAGGUCCACAGUAGAAAACUUUAAUUUCCCAACACAUGAGCUAUGGGACAAAGAGGACUGGGAGAAGACUAAAGAGAACCAUUACCUGUACCAUCAUGGUGGAGGCGAGAAGGGAGCAGCCGAGUCAAAGUCUGGGGACCCCACCGAGCCCUCCAAAGUCCAGCCCUGGUCUCGCCUCCGGCCGAGCAGCAGGAGAGGCCCCAAAAAGAGCUACUUCAAAUGGAGGAAGAGGAAGGCCAGCGUGGACGAAGACCCCCCUCUGCCCCACGAGGACUGGGAGCAGGAGAUCCGCGAGCAGGCCAGCGACAACUCGGAGGCCAAUCACAGCAGCCCGUAUGGCAUCGAGGAUGUCCUGACGGUGGCCAUGAUGAAGCUGAGCAUGGAGGACAGGAACGGGUGCAUGCCGUCCCUCUACAACCCCAGCGUCCACCACAUGCCCCCGGUCAAGUGGGAGUACGGCAGCCAUGCCACGGUGGAGGGGCAGUUCUCGGACGCAGAGGAGUGAUGGCUCCUCGGGUCCUGGUUCGUUAGGGAUGGUUGAGCACUUAUGAGUUUGGUUUCUAUGCUGGUUUUCUAGUUUGACUGACAGAUUCUCUGUCUGUCAGUUGUGGUCUGUGUAUUAGUUUUUGCAGUUAAUACUGACACUAGAGUUAUGGAUUUUGUGAAGAAGAUUAAGAAGAUUAAUUUAAAAAACACUUAUUUUAUUAUUUUAAUUCUAAUCACUUGGCAUCUUAUUAUGUAAUGUCAUUUUAUUAUGUAUUUACUUUCACACUUUAGUUACUUUUAUCAGGUUUUUUUAAUUAAUUGGUCAAGUGAUUGGUUUCAUAACAACAGAAAGAGUUCAGAUUUGUUUACUCACUGGUAAAGUAUCUGGUCACACCAAAUUUGAGGGCAGCUACACUACAGUUAACUCAUCAACUUUUAGCUUUGGUUCCUUUGCUUGGAGUGGGUUGAU